AUGUGGAUGGAUGGAAUUGCAUUUAAUAGACUAAAUGAAAGUAGACCAUGUGAAAAAUCGUUGCCUUUGUUCUACAAAUGCACGCUUUAUAUCAUACUAUCUUUUUAUAUUAAACAAAUCUUAUCCUCUUUUCUUUGUGCAGGUGUGUGGACCCUUGCAGUAAUCCUUUCUUUACCACCCCUCACUCGGGGAUGGGGAGACUAUGGCUUUCUUCCAAACCAAUCCUUCUGCUUCUGCAGGUGGCGAACCAGUAUCUCCUACACCUUCUUCAUGGUAGGUGUGUGCUUCGGUGGACCAUGUUCAGUGAUGACCUUCUGUUACGUCAACAUCCUCAAAGUCGUCCGUCAAAGCAGGAAACGCGUAGCCAGUAACCCGAUGCCAACCAUGCAGCAAAAACCAAAGAAACGUACAGGGUCUCCAAAGGCAGAAUCUAAAAACUCCACGCUAUCGUUCUGUGUGAUGAAGGAUAAUAACGGAACGCGGUCGCCGUUAAAGGGCGCGGUCCACGAUUCGGUUAACCCAACCGUUGAAGCGGUAAAUGGAAGCGAUGCCCGUCAAAUGCUGCGGUCCCAUCUGAAUGAUAUCAUCCGGACAAAAACGAUCGAAAUGUCGCAAAAUAGCCUGUCGCAGAAUAAUUCUCAAAUUGAUCAAUCCGAUUCGGAUGAUUCCGGACGUGACAGUUCGGGGCAAAAUAGGACCGACAGUGCAGAAAGUUCUCCUGUAAAAACAAACGGUAUUAGUUCACUCAGACCCAAGCCAAGAGAAAUCAAAUGGAUUGUUCCGGAGAAAAGGUCAUCCAUAGCGAGCAUUACAGGAUCAACAUCCCCCAAAGAUGGCGAAGACAGUAACAGCAACAGACUUAACGGUAGACCAAAGAGCCAGAAAGAAACAGAAAAAAGUUCAUUUGCCCGUCUUGCUGUUCCGACGCCCACAGACCUGGUGAGGAGAAAGCAGCGAAAGAAAAACAGAUCCGAAUCGGAGAAGCGGCGGAAAGAAGAGGAACUAAAACUAACCAAGUCAUUCUUGGUUGUCAUCUUUGUCUUCGUUCUUUGCUGGUUUCCGUUUUGUAUUACCAUGUUCUGGAGCGUUUUCUCGAAUAGGGACAACGCCGUCCCACGUCCUGUAGACAUGGGCACCUUGCUUCUGGGGUACCUGAAUAGUUGCUGUAACCCCAUCAUCUACGGGGUUAUGAACAAGAGGUUCCGUGCUGGCUACAAGAGCAUUCUCUGCAGAUGGAGACACAGGAAAACCAAUAAUGGUAACACUACAUUCCAAGUAGACGGGAUAAACUUAAAUACAUCCACAAUAGGAUCUGUUGGAUAACAAUUCAAGGCCUGGCGAAAUAAUGAACCUCUUAUUUCAUAACUGCACGAAGCCACUUCUCAUGGAUAAAAAACUAUGCACACCAUACUGGUAAACCAUCUCAGCACGAACGGUACACUAUAUUUGUUAAUUUACGGUAUUGGGUCAAAUGUUGUGUGAACCCUAAAUAUAGUAUUCUAAAUGUUUUACAGUAAUUGUUGAACUGUGGAUUUAUAUUAAUCAUUUGAUAAACUUUCCAGAGUGUCUAAUACCAGAUGGACUAUACACAGUUUGCAUAUUAAUCUGGUUUAUUGCAGUUUGGCUAUACAGUACUUUGUCUGAGACCAUCUUCUAGUGUAACGGAAUACUUUCCACUUCGUGUCCUUAUCAUUUACAUUGCCAAACGAACAAUAAGCCUGCAGACUACAUGGUAUUAUAGCGAGUGGAUACAAGCUAACUGGAUAUUAGACAAAGGUCUAGUGUGCUAAAUUUCAGUGAUACCAAAACGGUUGGUAGACAAACUGGUUGAAGACAAACUAAGAUUGGACCAGGUUGGAUGAGUAGACGAAGCGGAUUUAGACCUGUCGACAAUCUACCAAACUGUGACAGUCGACAGGUCUAAAUCCGCUUCCUCAUGCAAGUCCCGUCCCUCUGCGAAAAGUUCCUUUUGCCAAGAUACUCGCCUUUUUCCCCCGUUAUCUACCCAGGUGUACAUGGGUACCGGAAAUGAUUUUGAUUUUAAGGAUUUAACAAUGCUUAAGAGAUUUGAACAAAAAAAAACUGAUAUCAUGGUAUGAGGCAAUGGUCCCAUCUUCAGAGUGUUGCGAUCAAUUCAUAUCGACAGAGAUCAAUCUCACUAUGUAAUUUAAGUUUUAAUAUGUAACAGUUGAGCUCAUUCUAUCGUCGUGUUCGAAUUUAUGUAAAUCUUUGUCCGAAGUGGACUAAAUAUCAUAUUUGGAUUAAACUUAACUCGUCAGAUAAAACGAAUCCUGGUAUUCUUGAUCUUAAUUUUCAUGAUAGAUGAAAAUGUGUGCUAUAUCAAUAGAGUAUCGAAGUGAUGACGUCACAAAGAAGUUCCUAACGUUUAGAACCAAGCCAAUUAUACACUAACUUCAAUGGGGUUAAUUAUGUAUUCUUGAGGUCAUAUCUAAGGUCCCCAUUGACCGAUUCCCAUCAAAUUUUGGUAGUGUUUUUUUUUAUCAUGUUCUACUAAAAUGUGGUAUAAAAAGCGCUGAUAUGCAAAAAAGUGAAAAUUGAUGACGUCUCAUAGCUGGUAUGUUUUUCACAUUGCAUAUCCUUAACCCCAUACUAUCCUUUACCCCAUACUAUCUUUUUUUCGAUUCACACUGUCUUUCUUAACCCCA